AUGCGGCAAAAUAUGCAGGAGGUUGGCUCUGGAUUGAAGCGAUAUCGAUCUGCGCCAAGUUCUUAUUUAACAAGUCUUUUAGAUAGUAGUUCUAGCAGUGGUGGAUUUAGAGGAGAUGAUUUUGAUCAGAUUUUUAAUACUCGAGCUUCGAGUCCUGAAACACAGCAAAUUCUUGAGAGAUUCAUGAAUAGUAGUGUUGAUACCGUUGGGCACAACUACGCAUCUAAUAUGAGUCUGCAAUCACAAUCACAAUUUGUGCCACAAAUCAAGAAUGAAAUUGAGGUUCAUCAACCACAGCAGCAAUUGAGGAGGCAGCAGAGUAAUGAUUAUUCUUCAGCUUCCCAGAUGACGUAUCAGAGCCAUAAUUCAGGGGAUGCAAGUUCUUCUAUGGACAUUUCUUCUAGUAGAUUGCAUGGCUCAACGAAUUCAGAUCGUGUGGCGCAUAUGAGAAUGGAUGGUAGUGGCUGCAGUUCAAAUCUCAUUCGACAAAGCAGUACGCCUGCUGGAUUAUAUGCUAAUAUAAAUAUUGAUAAUGAAUUUGGUGCAAUGAGAAGCCUGGGGAAUUUUGGAGCUGGUAAUGGUACUCGUGCAGGAGAAUUGUCUUCCUCUGCAAGCAGGUUUAUUAAUCAAAUGGUUUACCCCUCAAUGAAUCGUUCCUCUUUGGGGAUGAUGACUCCCAUUUCCGAAAUUGGAAGUAAAAGCAUUGGAGAAACUCAUCCAGGUGACGAACAUUUUCAGGAAGAUCGUGCUAAUGAUGGCGACUAUAUCACAGGUUUCCCAGAAGUUUCUUGGAAUGAUUCAUCAAUUCUGUCUGAUGAUUUUAUGAAAGGGCUAGGAGAUGAUGAAAAUAAGACAUUUUCAAAUAUAAACGUCUUGGAUGAUCAGAAUUCUGAAGGUGGAAAUCGUCCCACUACUAUAUUGUCCCACCAUCUAAGUUUGCCCAGUAGUUCUGCCAAGAUAUCUGCAAUGGAAAAAAUGUGGCAGGAUUCGGUACCUUGUAAGAUAAGAGCAAAACGAGGUUGUGCUACUCACCCACGUAGCAUCGCGGAAAGGGUGAGAAGAACACGAAUCAGUGAGCGGAUGCGGAAGCUACAAGAACUUGUUCCCAAUAUGGAAAAGCAAACGAAUACAUCAGAUAUGUUGGAUUUGGCUGUUGAUUAUAUUAAGGAUCUUCAGACACAAGUAAAGACCCUUUCAGAAAAGCGUGCAAAGUGCUCUUGUUCAGCUAAGCAAAAAUCAUAG